UCCCCUUGUGUUGACUUUGCGUCUGUCUCGUUAACUUGUACUUGGAAAGCUCCUUCCUCUUAUUUCGGCGUUUUAUAAUGGCUUCGGGUUACAAUUUUAACAACAAGGUAGCACUGGUUACAGGAGGAGGCAGUGGCAUAGGCCGUGCAGUGUGCCAUAUCCUCGCCCGUGAUGGUGCCAGGGUCAGUGUGUGUGAUGUCAAUCUCCAGGGUGCCCAAGAAACAUUGGCAUCACUGAAACAGCCUGGCAACCAUGUUGCCUUGCAUAUGGAUGUCACAGACAAGGAGUCCGUGCGUAAGGCACUCAGUGCCACUCAGGAGACGCUCAAAGGCACUCCAACCUUGCUGGUGAACAGUGCUGGCAUUGGGAGCCGAUCGCCUUUCCUGGAGAUGUCAGAGGACGUGUUUAUGAAGGUCGUCGACGUCAAUCUCAAGGGCACGUUCCUUGUCAGCCAACUGGUGUGCAACGCCAUGAUCGAGCGCGGGGAAGCCGAGGGAGGGUCUGUGGUGAACAUUGCAAGCUUAGCAGGAAAGAACGGCCUGGCUAUGAACUGCCAGUAUGCAGCUACGAAGGGAGGUGUCAUAGCCUUCACUAAGUCGAUUGCUAAGGAACUCGCCAAGACAGGCAUAAGGGCGAAUUGUAUAUUGCCCGGAGCCAUUAGGACGCCCAUGAUGGAUGGAAUCCCCGAGGAACUUAUGAAAGAAGCUCUGAGAGUAAAUACUUUGGGGCGCAUGGGAGAAGCUGAAGAGGUAGCUGAAAUGGUCGUGUUUCUACUGUCCGAGAAAAGCACGUAUAUGGUAGGAGCGUGCGUCGAAGUAACCGGAGGACACUUUGCUUAAGAAUAUCCUAAACGUGUGAAUAAGAGUUUAAUUCCUCGUUUACAGGAAAUAAGAGAUUGUUCAUUUGCAUAAGGGAUGUAUUUUUUUUUUGGUAAAUCCACAUCGUUUAUACUUAUGAAAAAUAAAGAAUUGCUAAAA